CAAAUAAUUAAAUAUAUGGGUUGUUGUGUCUCUUUCGACCCUCAGAUCUUCUUGUGGGAGCAGAACCUGGAGCAGUUCCACAUGGAUCUGUUUCGCUUUCGGUGCUACCUGGCCAGCUUGCAAGGAGGAGAGCUGCCCAACCCUAAACGCCUCCUGGCCUUUGCCUCCCGCCCCACCAAGCUGACCAUGGGCAGACUGGGAAUAUUCUCAGUCUCCUCCUUUCAUGCACUGGUGGCAGCUCGCACAGAGACUGGAGUGAGACGCAGAACGCAAGCCAUGUCUCAUUCCUGCAGCAAGCGCAAAAGCAGGUUUUCCUCCCUCUGGGGUGUAGACACAACCUCCAAGAAGAAAACAAAAGCCCACCCUACGGUUAGCCAGGUGUUUGCUGAUGGUGAAGAGCCGGAGAAAAAACCAGCAGAUCGCAUAUUUGUUGAUUCUGUGAAAGAAAACACAAAAACAGAAGACGGAACUGUGAAAAACCUUGCUCGACCAAACACCGACAGCGACAUGUGGGCUCCUGAAAACCUCACUCCCUCCUGGGUUUGUCUGCCAAAUGACCAGCCUGUUUUAACCACCAUCCAGCCAGGAGAGUCUGCACUGUGUGUUCUGGAGUCUAUAUGCAAGACCCAUGAGCUUGACCCAACCAAACACUACUUGCGACUUAAGUUCUUUAUGGAAAACCAAACGCAAUUCUACAUUCCCAAGCCAGAAGAGGACAUCUAUGACUUGCUGUACAAAGAAAUCGAACUCUGCUCCAAAAUAACUAAAGUCAUCCAGUUUGACAGAGAUGAAUCCUGUAUGAUUGGUUAUGGUUUUUCCAUCUCAGUGGUGGAAGAAGAUGGAGUACAGCAGCUUUACAUCACUGAUGUGAAGGCCGGGGGGUUAGCCUUUGCCAAAGGUCUGAAUGCCGGCGAUGAAAUUCUCCAGCUGAAUGGGAAAGACUCCCACAGUCUGAAUUUCUCAGACAUGAAGGCUGCAUUCUCCCAAGUGUCUCUGGCUUUGACGGUCAACACUCUGCCCUCAGUGGACCGCCGUCAGCUGUGCUACCUUCCACCGCGGCGCUCUGAUGCGGCAGAAGACCUCUACACUGACAUCUUCUCCCAAAGUCAAGAGGAGAUUCUGGACGAUGGUGUGGGACUGCUGCUGGAGCGCUCCGGAGACAGCCUGGAUGAUGAUUCGGAGAUCUUUAGCGAAUUUGACGAGUGCGGAAAGGUAAGACUGCAGCAAACACGUGACAGCACGUCUUGUUUUGAUGCUUCCUGCUUGUCCUUCACAGCAACCCUUCUCAGCUUUCCAGCCAAUCCUGCUGCACUGCAACCUUCGAGGAGGAGGCUCCUUUCCUCCUGCACUGCUCUGGGUUCAGUCACAGGGAUUAUUAAAACUCAUUUGCAAUGUUGUCAAAGCUGGACAGAUCCUCACACUCACUCCAUGUGCCCGAGUUUAGCCAGCCUGUAAAGGAGAGAGAAAGACAGAGAGAGAAAACAGGAGAAUAUUAGUGACAGAGCUACAGCAGACUGUGAAGGCGCAAAAGAGGGGGAGCUGGAAGGCUGUAAGUGCUGGUGGGCGGAGAGGAGGAGGCUGUGCAGCUUCACUCAAGGACCACAGCACCUUCUUUUUUAAAACGGGAAAGACAAAAGGGGGCGAAGAGAUGUAGGCUUGACUUUAAAAAAAAAAAAAAAAAAAAAAAAAAAACCUGGGGUUAUCUCUCGGGCACUUUACCUGCCG